CUUUGCACCAACACACCUUACGUACUCGGCAAUCUACAGUACCUCAUAUAUACACGCCGACCUAUUUUCUAUUCAACAACAAGUACUCUAUUUCAUCCAAAAUUUUCAAAAUUCUCUCCAAACAAAAAUUGGAGAAAUAGUGCCUUGAAAUUUGACCCGAAAAGAGUUACAAAGACGAAAAGAAGAAUUGAGUUAGCUUGGCACGAUGAGCGAUUCAGAUCAUGAUCGCGAUAACGAUGGAGGCCCGGAGGCGUACUACAAUGAUACCCACCGAGCCUUCUUGCAAGCAUUCCUAUCCCGUGGAUCCAUGACCUUCCGCGAAGCACAGCCUAUUCUCGCAGCCAUCUUCACGAUAGAUGAAAAGCAAGAAGAAGGCGACAAGGCCAAGGGGACAGAGCCAGCUGAUGUCACGCAGGAGGACUUUGAAUCUUACGUUUCGGCCCUUUCCACUAUGACGUCGCCCUUAGAUAUAGAGAUCCGAAGCAUCACGCACCAGGUCAGCAAGGAGCGGAUCUACGCCCUCGUCAACACCACCUCGGACCCGGUCACCCAACUAGCGACCCUCCAUAACGCCGAGGAGAUCGCCUUCAUACGCCGGGUCAUCGACGCCAUGUUCGAUAAGUACAACACUCCGCGCAUGGAAGUCAUGUGUCUCGAUGGCAUGCAGGCAAACAAACUACGCUCGGCGCCGCGAAACGAAGACGAGGACGUACCGCCGCAGGAGGAGGACGGAAACGGCGCAGCCACGCAAACCAUAGGCGGCCUCAAAGGCCUCAGGAGCAGCGAGGUGGAAAACGUGAUGCACAGCAUGGUAGAGGAGGGGUGGUUCGAGCGCAGCCGCGAGGGGUUCUACUCGCUGACGGCGCGGGCGCUGCUGGAGCUCCGGCAGUGGCUCGUGGACGGGUACAACGACCCGGACCUGAACCCGAACGAGUGGCAGCGCAUCAAGUUCUGCGAGGCGUGCCGCGAGAUAGUAACGGUGGGGCAGCGGUGCGCCGAGCGCGACUGCUGCGUCCGGCUCCACGACGGUUGCGGCGACGGGUUCUGGCGCUCCAGGAAGGAGAGGAAGUGUCCCCGGUGCAGUCGCGACUGGGACGGGAAGCACUUUGUGGGCGAGAGGGCAGUCACGGAGACGGAGGCGUACAUGAGGGGACGGAGAAGGAGUGGGAAGGGAAGAAGCAGUAGAGGGGAUGUAGGAAGGAGUAGUUUGGCUGGGCAGGCUAUUGAGUAUGGGGAGGAGGAAGAGGAGGUGUGAAGGUGUGGCGAUGGUGAUUAUCGACUACCGGUCUACAAAGCUACUGGCCUUAAGUGGCUAUCACGACUACUUGCGGUUAUAUUACGAUGAAUUCAUCUCGCUGACGGAUUUAAGAGGAUGGGAAGAACUGGAUGGGAACAAAAAUAGACAUGGAAACGGAAAUGAACAUGGUACGGUUAGAUACCCUCAAGGCUUGCGCAACUGAUAAACUACAGUACAGUAAAAACAAAAAAUCUAGGAUGAUUUUUAUUCCUUGCGAGGCCUCCUGUUCCUAUCUAUGUACAUGUACAUAACGUUGUGAUCGAUUCGCUUCGAUUCAGAUUUGAAUCUUGAUUCGAGUCUGGGG